AUGACGACUGUAACGUCUGAUGAUCUUAGCAAACAACGAGGAAAGAAUGAUUCCAUUGGCAUUCAGCUUCAAAGAUUCUUUUCGAAGGUAUCGCUGCGACGUCGCUUGGCUGGAACCUUGGCACUUGCCCUGAUUAUCUUGUGUUCCGCGUUUCGGCGUAAUGUACGACGGGCCAAACACAACAUCACCCCCAAUCCUCAAACUGUGACGCAAAAGAGCAGCCAGACACAGCAACAAGAGAGCAUUCAACAUGCGGCUGCUUGGAAACCUGGGCUCUUGGACAUUCAUCAUCUCCAAGUGGGUAGCAGUGUUUCUACCUUUUGUGUCAUGCCCGAUGGAACCACCAUGCUCAUUGAUGCGGGUGAUGUCAAUGUGGAGUUUUCCCUCAAGGAUUGGUCCAAAAUGGGACAUCCCUUUGACAAACUCCAACUGAAACCCCCGUUUCCCAAUGACUCCAAAACUCCGGUUGAGUGGAUAGUUGACUACAUGAAGGAAUUUUGGCCCAACGGGUUUCACGAGCCCGUUUUGGAUUAUUUGUUGGUGACCCAUUUUCACUCCGAUCACAUUGGAGAUGGAAACGAUGAUGGACAGCGACGAAAAACAGAUCCCCAGCAUGGUUAUGUGAUGUCCGGCAUUCCCGAGUUGCACAGCAGGUUACCCAUUAAUACCAUUAUCGAUCGCGGCUACACGGUACCGGUCGACUUGAAAUCGCUCCACGACAAAACCAUUGACAAUUAUCUGCAUUUUGCCAAGGACAGUCAUAUCCCGUUUCAACAAUUCCAAGUGGGUAGCACGUCCCAAAUUGCACCACGCAAAAACAAGGAGACAUUGGACUUCAAAAUUCAAGUGAUCAAGAGUGGCGUGGACGUGUUGGGGGCAGACGGCAAAGUGCAACAGAUACCAACGGACAAACUACUGAGUCGGGGAAAUGGACACGGCAAUGAAAACACCAUGAGUGCCGCUUUUGUUAUUCAAUACGGGUGCUUUCGGUACUACGAAGGAGCAGAUCAGGAGAUUGUGCGAGACGACGAGGGAAACGUCAUCUUUGAUACCAUUGGGCCAACGGCACGAGCUGCGGGAAAAGUGGAUGUAGCAACCCUCAAUCAUCAUGGACACGGCGUCUCGGAAGACUACAUCAAGUACUUGGAUCCGCCUACUAUGAUACUGCAGGGAUGGUCGUCGGACCAGCCACCCAAAAAGAGCAUGGAAAUGUUGUACAAUUCGAAAAAGAGCAACAAUAAGACAAGACAGAUCUUUGCAACCGACAUUUUCCAAGAACGGCUGGAUGAACUGGGCCCGACCCUAUCGAGCAUGUUCCAAUCCACAUCCGGCCAUGUGCUCGUGCGAGUGCAUCCACCCGAAACAAAACAGUUACGAGGAAGUAGGAACGAUCGACGACAGCGCUAUGAAAUCAUAGUUUUGGAUGGUGACCGACAAGUCAAAAAGCACAUGGAUGUUUUCAAGAAUCCAUGUUCAGGCUAG